AUGGAUGCGCAGACACCAGCUGGAUCACCCAGCCCGUUGCACCACGCCGCCAUUGGACAGAUCCAGGGUAAGUAUGGCAAAGGCGUGGUGCAAUAUUUGGGAAUCAAGUACGCGUCGCUGGAGGACCGACUCGCCGAGCCACAGGUGAUGGAAUAUUCUGGCGAGGAGGAAAUUGAUGCCACAAGACAUGGGCCACCCGUGCUGGUCCCCUCCAAAUCCGCCGAAAUGGAGAUGGGGUUCAUCCAGCAGCAAAUCCCCGAGCUGAACAUUCCGAACAUGUCUGAUCUUGAUGGCUUGAACCUGAACAUAACAGCACCGAUCGACGGCGGAGAGGCCCUCCCCGUUAUCGUUUAUAUCCAUGGCGGUGGCUUCACCUUCGGCUCGUCAUCAUAUCCGCAUUAUGAUCAGAGCAAAGUCAUAGAGCUCUCAGCUAUCAUGGAGCAGCCUUUAAUCGCCAUAAAUUUCAACUAUCGCCUUGGAAUCGCGGGAUUUCUCACGUCUCAGGAACUGCGUAGUGCAGGCUACAAAUCAAAUCGAGGUCUCCUUGACCAACGCGCCGCUUUAGCAUGGACCAAGAAGUAUAUUUCGGGGUUUGGAGGUGAUCCUGAAAGAAUUGCAGUAGCCGGCCAAAGCGCUGGCGCGGGUGAGUCUGCACCUCUCGCCUCCGUGAAUUUCUUAAUGUACUCUGAGGAAAAACUAUUUCAUCAGGCCAUCCUUCUUGGUGGCUCGUUUCUGAUGAUGAAACCCGUAACCACGGACGCUGCCGAGCAAAUAUACCACGCCGUCAUCCAGACCCUAGGGUUGGACAAUCUCACGCCGGCUGAGAGAGUGAAAUCGUUGCUCAUGAUGCCCCAGGAGCAGCUGGUAGCUCAAAUCUCCAAGGAGAUGACCUCAUUGGGCCCAACAUUGGAUGGGACACUUAUUCCAGCGGCGGCAACCUUUUCUUGGCUUGGCGAUCAAUUCGUCUUGUCGGUUCCCGGCUUCAGGUGGUGUGAGCGGCUACUCUCAAUAGAGAGCCAAUAUGAUGGCACAAUCUUUGCGCUUGUCAACUUGAAUUUUCGGAAGCAAGGUAUCAGGGAUGCCUUCAGCAACUACGUCCAUGAAGGUCUGGGUGGCGACGCUGCGUUGAAGCUGCUUGGCUUCUACGGCAUACACAGCGCCACUACAGAUUCAGAAGCCCUUGGCUCUAUCACCCAAUUCAUCACAGACAUCGCUUUUUAUGCACCUUCCGUGAAGCUGGCUGAGGCGUGGCCUGGAGCUGCCUUCCUUGGUCAUUUCAACGAGAGUAAUCCGUGGGAUGGACCAUACAAAGGAAAGACAAACCAUCUGUUAGACAUUGCCUAUCUUUGGGGUAACUACAAUCAAUCAUACACCCGCCAGAACUGGACAGUCGCGCGAACGCUUGCCGAAAACGUCGUCAGCUUCGUGUCGGAGGAAGACAGCUUACCCGAGUUCAAGUCGAAACAGCCACUCGUGACGGUUUACGGACCUAGCGAAGAAAACAUCUCGAGUUAUAGAGUAGCAUGGAACGAUGAAGGAACGCGUAGGAAUAGUGCAAUCUUUCAGCUGGCUGAAGAAGCUGGCGGGCUCGACAAGUUGUUGGAAGCUGCACAAGGCUUUCUGAAGGCAUAA